AUGGAAUAUAAUAUAAAUAAUAAUAUACAAGAGCUAACAAAUGUAAAAGAUGUAGAAAAAGAAAAUGUAGAUAUAAAAAUGGAUAAUAAGAAUGAAUUAAAAAUUAAUGAAUAUGAUGAACUACAAAAUGAAGUAAACAAAAUGAUUGAAAGAAAUAGAAUGUAUUUAAAUUUGACAAAUAAUAAAACAAUUUCUAAUAAUAAACAUAAUAUAACAGUAAAACCAAUUAGAAGAACAUAUAAUAAAUUUAAAAAUAUUUCAAAGAAUAAAAAUUUAACAGAAAUGACACAAGCAGGAAGAGAAUUAGAAAAAAAAAUGCUAGAAGAGAUUAGUGAAAGAAGGAAAAAAAACAAAAUAAAAAAGGAAAAGAAAAAAGCUAAAAAAUUAGAAGGGGAAUUGAAAGUGGGUAAUAUGACUGUUAUUAAAGACUUAUCAAAAAUUCGCAAAUGUGAUAAAAAAACAAAAAAUAAAAUUUAUAAAUUAUCAUCGGAAGUAAUAAAUAAAAUUUUAAAGAAAAAUUAA